UCCGCCUCGCCUCGCCUCUGCAUUUCGCCAGCGCGGAAGCUUCUAGAGGGAUCGGGGAUGGACGACCAGGGGGCCGGCGAUCCGGUGGCGCGCGGGCACCACGUAUCGCCGCAGGCGGGAGGUGGUGGGGGCGGGCAGCCGCCGGUGGUGCCGCGGUCGCCGACACCGCUCGACCUGGCUAGCGCCUCCGCCGCGGCGGCGGCGGCGUACAGGAGGCUCUCGCCGUCGCUCCGGCCGCCGGCGCACCCGCAGGUGCGUCUCCCUUCGCCGUACCCCCAGAUCCCCUCCCCGGCGGCGCCGUCCGGCGGGCACCACGCGCGGUCGCUCUCGCAGCCGCUCUUCUUCUCGCUCGACUCGCUCCCGCCGCUGCCGUACGCCGAUCUGGCCGCGCCGCCGGCUAUGGCGCCGUCCCCGCCCUCCUCGAGCUCGGACCCGCCCCCGCCCGGGCUGCCGCCGCGGAAGGGCGGGCAUCGGCGGUCGCAGAGCGACAUCUCCUUCGGGUUCUCGCAGCUGAGCCCGCCGCUGCCGCCUCCGGCGCCAGUGAAGCGCGAGGCGGCGACGGCGGCGGAGGGGUGCAGAUCGGACGGCGACGAGGCGGCCCUGUACGACCUCGUCAACUCUUACAUGGACCUCGAUGGGAUGGAGGCGCUCAACUCCUCCGAGGAGCGGUACGAGGACCGCGACAGCCGCGCCAGCGGCACGCGCGCCGGGAGCGUGGCCGACAGCAGCGAGAAUGAGGCCGAGAGCCACUCGACUUCCAUGGAGAGAAAGGAUGGAGGCAAGUCCCGGCAUUGCCGCAGCUUGUCGGUGGACAGCUUAAUCGGGAAGCUCAACUUCGCCGGCGAUGAGUCACCGAAGCUGCCGCUGCCGUCUCCCAGCGGCGGCCUCUCCAGGAGCGGGAGUGGGUCCUUGGAUGGUGGUGCGGCGUCUCUGUUUGGUGCAGAGUUUGCGAAUGGGGAGUUCACUGAAGCUGAGAAGAAGAAGAUCAUGGCCAAUGAGCGCCUUGCAGAGAUAGCUUUGACAGAUCCGAAGAGGGUCAAAAGGAUUUUAGCAAACCGGCAGUCUGCGGCAAGGUCAAAGGAACGUAAGAUGAGGUAUAUUCAAGAGCUUGAGCACAAAGUUCAGGUUUUGCAGACGGAGGCUACAACACUCUCAGCACAGUUGACAAUGCUGCAGAGGGACUCCACUGGACUAGCCACUCAGAACAAUGAGUUGAAAAUCAGGCUGCAAGCAAUGGAGCAACAAGCACAGCUAAGAGAUGCCCUGAAUGAAGCAUUAACUGCCGAGGUCCAGCGUCUGAAACUUGCAACUGGUGAGAUAACUGACGGACGUAUGUCAAAGGGCCUACAGCAGCAGAUGAACUCCCAGCUGAUUCAAUUGCAACAGCUGCAAAUACAACAGCAGCAGCAGCAGCAGCAGUCAUCGCAGACAACGCAGCAAAGUCAGCAGCAGCAGCCACAGAAAUCAGCGUAGGUCAAGGUCCAAAAAGCUGGACCCCCUUAUCGCAAAGCAGGUCGAUUUGAAAUCAUGAUGAGCAUGAUGAAUUGAAGGAUGAUUGUGAUACAUGCUGGGAUAAAAAAGAAGAGUCUUUUGCUUAUAUCUCAGACGGAUCGUUAGGAUAGUAGGUAUAUGGUGGUAUAGCAACAGAAGCUUGUAUUCUGCUGCAAGUUCUUUUGUUCAAGAUGGUAAAAUGCCUUAGCUGGAGUAAUCCUAAUCUCAUCGCAUCGUAUUUAUAUUUAUACCCGAGUGCUAGUGAUCGAUGGCAUCGUGUCUAGUAGUCCUAUGAAAAGAUUCUUUCCAUGGUGCUUUUGUACUUGUGUCCAAGAGGAUAGUAGUAGCUUAUUACAAAUGUACAACAGUACCUCUGCUGGCUGUAAUAGUGUAAUUACCUAUAUAUAGCGUUGCUUAGUUGUUUCCA